UUCGUUUGUUGUUUAGCUAAAGUGUUCCGACAUGCUUUGGAGCCAUCACUAAAAACUUACGUGAUGCAGGUGAGUGACGUACUCUCAGAUUUUCAUGUUCAUUGUAACUGAUUACCUUGUAAGGCCAAUACUAUGAGUUAUAUUGAAGUCAGUGAGAAUGUUCGUAGACGUAGGGCCACUGUUAACUUGUCACGUUCCCUUGGCUGUCAUAGAUCCACUUAUAACAGAAGAUGGAAUAAAAUGAAAGCUGCUUUCAUGAAAAAAUAUCACUUCCUUUCGUUCAGUGAGUUUGCUAAAGAAAGCACCCUAAAAGAAGUAAAGAGAGAAGUCAUUUGUAAUGAAAGUACUUCGACUAACAAGAAGUACGUCAUUGUUGACGUCCUCAGAAAAAAACAACUUAUGAUAGCAUCAAAGGAGUGGAUAGUAGGCAAGGAACUCUGCGCUUUUCCGAACGAGCUGGUCGAUAUACACCUUCAGAAGUGCAACCAACCGAAUGAAAAUUGGUCACUUAUGAAAUGUAAAGUGAUUCACGAAUUGGAUUCUCUGCAGUCGGCAAAAGAUCUGUUAGUUGCCCUACAGAUACUGGAAUCUCAACGAAAAAACACCUCAACGGAUGAAAACACUUUGCCACUUAACACUGAGAAGCCAAAGAGAGGUGUAAUAAAGCGUAAGGAAGAUUUUCUUUACAAUUCAGUCGACAUGGAUGUGGCUGAGAUGCAGGCUGGGAAUAGCCGCGUACAAUAUCCCAAAUUCCGUCUUUUCGACAAACUGAUUUCGCCAAUCGCCAAUUCGACACAAUUAGAGACAUCACCAUCCACAUCGGAAUGUGAGCAUGUUGGUGGCGCUUUAGUGGACCACUGUGAUAGGUUGUAUACUGCGGUGCUGAACAUGUCGUCAGCUAUCAAUGACUUGACUAAAACGAUUAACAACUUAUCAUCCGCCAUUAUGGACUUGAAUGUUAAUGUAAACCAAUUGCUUUCAAAGUCUAAUAAGCGCGAAAGACUGCGGACUGUCGAGUCAGCAGUUACCUUUGUCAUCUGAAGAGGAACUACGGAUGCUAGAUACUGGUUUGUCGCAUAAAGAAACCAGGGACAGAUUUAUGGCAAUGGUCACUAGGUUAUCAGGUGACGAUCCAAAAACGUCGAUGUGUUUUGUUCUGUCGCAUCUGCUGACACCGGAGGUUGCCAGUAAAUUCACGUUACUUGGCACCUCUUCAAAACGAGCACUACAGAAAUGCACGUUUUACAGUUGCAUAUGAAGUAACCUAUAUCUAUUACUUAAACUUCAGGUGCCUUAACUCAUCGCUUUUUGUCAUCCUCUGUCAACGAAAAGGACCUUGGUAAGCUCUACGACAUCGCGACACAAGGUUACUUUCACGACAUCCGAGACAAGAUGAUAAAACGAAAUAGGAGAAAAGAAAAUCAGGUAUGUACUAAUUUAAAGUGAUAACCUCCCUACGGCUCUAAAGUUACAGUCAACAAUACUAACAAACAUAACCGUAAGUUCAGCUCCAAGUAUUUGGCUGUGUAAAAGCAUGUCAUUGAGAUAUGGUUGUGACUUUUUUUUGCUUUUUUUAAAUUCAGAAUUCACAGGACGACUACCUCAAUUCUGAAUAGUCCGUGCAAUUGUUUUGAUGUUCUACCUCGAUUUCAAUAAACCUUAUGCUUUCAAACAGCUUACUCUUUUACUUACAUGGGAAACUGUUGAGUGUUGAGAAUGUGUGUUUGAGUUUCAGUGAACUUUUGAUUAAAUGCACAUUUUUUAUGAAUAAAAUAUAACCUGUUCCUUCUUUUUCAGAUAAUUUCAAAUAGCAAUGAAUUAGCAAUUGCAUUGCAUAUGCAUAACAAUCGAUGCUUACGCUUGUGCUCUACUGUUGUACAAUAAUACGCUUUUCUUUUUAAAUAAGAUUUUUAAAAAAUUUUUACGCUUUUCCACUGCAUUGCA